AUGAAGUUGCACAGUGAUGACCGAGAAAAAGAAGAGAAAGCUCUAGCAGAUAGAGUCUUCGGAUACUAUAUAUACUCGAGGGACCAACAACUAGAAAAGCAUAUUAAGGUUAUCCGAGAAAAGAGGACGACAGUUGAGCAAACCCCAAGUCAGCUUCCUGAGGCAAAUGUACCUGUAAUGGAUCUCCCAAGUAUUUUGAAUGAUCAGGGAAAUUCUUAUUCUAUAAUUAAUGGCUCAGAUUAUGAUAUUAUAUCAUCUUCUGGAAAUAGUGAAAUACAACUACAAGACUCACCAAUGACUACGUUAUCUGCAUAUGGAUCAGAUAGCAACCAAACUGAUCAAUAUAGCGUCAAUAUGAAAUCAUUGAGUAGUAUGUCUUUUGAAUCGGCAGCCAAAGGAAGAAAAUAUAUUAACUAUGAUCUAGCCGAUGAAGUGUUGAAAUCAUAUCAAAUGCAUAUUCUUCCCAAUCACAAACUAAUAUACGAUAAGGUUGAUGUUAUGGAAUUUGCACGCUCAAUCAUGAAAACUACGAAAAAAAGUCAGAUAUCAAAAAGUCCUUUAUCCAUUGGUGUCAUUGAUAUUCACAAUGUCGAAUGUCUUAAAUAUUUGCCUCAAGGGUUCAAGAAAUAUAUAGCAGAUCAAGUGCAAGAUACUGAUGAUUCUAUAUAUUUUUCAGAGGGGAAAUUUAUCAAUAAAAUUUUACUAGAUUGCGAAGAGGAAGUUUUAAAGUAUCUAGAAAAGUUUGAUAACAUUGAUAAUUUGAAGUCAUUAGAGGAGUGUUUAGAUAAAAAUAGAAUCAAUCAUUCGACCUCGUCAAAUGAUCUCAUUUAUGUCGAAAACCUUUUCCUCCAUUUCUUAAUUCUGUACAAAAAUGAUGUACUUACACAAUCAUUAACGGAAACUGAAUUUAAUGCGUAUAUCUGGACCCCGAUGCUAAGAAACGCUUUCCUUGGAAAGUCUGAUUUGAGUGGCCCCAGAUUAGACAGAAAAGGAUUUCUCAAGUCAUUAGGUACGGAAAUUCUAGCGCAGGAAGACGGAGCAAUAAGUACACAUGGCAAAAGGACAGAUCUCGAAGCUUAUAGUUUACAAUCAAAUGAAUUUCAACUCAAAAUAUCAACAUCCAAAUUUCUCUUCGAGGAUACAAUUGUUGCUAUGGAACUUGCACGUGUUGAAAUUCCAAGAACUGUGGAAGGUUUUUCGAAGUUAGUAGUUGGUGUUAAAGCAGUAUUGUUCUGGAAAGCGCGUACAAGAAAAAAUACGAUGAUGUUUUAUGGUACAUUAAGAGAAGGCCAUAUGCGAUUGUUCAAGCAUGACGGUGUAGUUCUGGUAAUUAUUGUGGCGAAAAAACGUAUCGCCUAUAUUGUUGUAAUAGAACUUUUAGUGGAAUCCCCAUAG